CUGCCGAUCCGCUUAGACUACCAUCAGCCAACACAACAAGAUUACCCAAACAACGAGGACAGUCAUUUUUUCUACAUUUGUAACGUCUUAUUAAAUAAUCUAAAACAAACCAUGAAAACCCCAAACAAAGUGAGAAAAAGAAAAUUGGAGCCACCAAGUACACCUGAAGAUGUGCCAUGCUGUGAGAGUCCAAGUAAAGUUACCAAAAGUGACCAACCAGGUGUCUGUAUUCCAGGAAAUCAUGAAGCUGAGAUGUGCUAUGGAGGAGAAGCUGAUCUACACAAACAUGUUACCGGCUGUAAGAAGAAUCCAGGUCAUAAAGGUUUUAUACCUCUUAAAGAUUUUAACGCAAAUUGUCUCCCCUCACGUUACCAUGGCGACGACCUCUUGUCUGAGACAAUCAAAACAUUGGCAGCCCUAACUGUCCAGGUAAAGACUAAAUUCACCAGUCUAGAGAGACCAGAGUUUUACCCAGACACUCAAGUUCCAUAUCCAUGUUAUAAGGACAGAGGACGUGACGUGAUGAGGUUAGGGACGGGAAGGGUGAAGUAUGUGGGCAAGUACACAGAGAGUGACAGAUGUGGAACUUGUGGUUGUGCCAAGUGUCAAGUCUCUGCCACACCCAGCAAAGUGUGGGGGAAGGUUGAAGUGAUUACAGCCACACACGUGGUGUUUGAUGACAGUGAGGCGAGACAGACCAGGUGUGUUUUAGGUUUUGAUGACAAUAAAAGUCUGGUGGUCAGUCUUGAUGGUUGGGAGGUGGGGGAGGCAGACAUUGAAGGAGACUUGUGUGAGUUGAGUUAUGUGACAUGUGACUUGGAUAAGUUAGAGUUGGUUGAUGAACUGGACAAGAUGUGUGAUCGCUUUGAUGGUCUAUGUGAUGAAGUAGAGAACAAAUACAGGAGAUUUGUUGGUGUGGACAAGUUGACCGUUAUAGUGUCACAUCCUCAUGGCUGUCCUAAACAGGUCUCUGUAGGAAAAUGGACACACAAACAUGAGAGGUAUGAUGAUGUUGUUGAUGAUGAUGCUACUCCUUGGACCAGGUACUGGUACACAACAUGUACAUGUCCAGGCUCCAGUGGAGCACAGGUCUACAGGCUGGGACAUGUCGGGUGGCCGUACCACCAUCCCCACAGUGGAUCAAACUCUGAAGGAAAUUAUAGUGGGGAGUGGGUGCGCUAAUAUAACUGUUAGUACUCUCCCCUUGUCUACACAAUGUAAACAAACAAAAUGGCGGAACUUUUCCCGUCAUUAAACUGAUUGUGUUAAGGCUUGCAUAUGUUGUAAACAUUUUAUAACAUGUAAAUGAUUAAAACAAUUGUUUUGAUUGAUUCAAACCGUUUAACCGUUAUAAUUUGCAUCUACCAUAAUGUAUUAUACGCAUUUUACAUGUUUAAUGAUGUAAAUAUUUUGUGUUUAACAAAUGUCGGCAACAUUGUUGUUCUUAUCUUACCAUGAAUUGUAUCUUUACAUAUUACAUUUCUUGCUCUUCUUAUUUGUUUACAAAAUUAUUACAUACUAGAAAAUAAAUGCCCAAGA